GGCGCGUCAUGUGUGUUUGGAGUUUGACCACAAAAAACAGAGGACGUACGGAUUUCAGGGGGGGAUGGAAGAAUGAGUUGGGACUCUAAAUAGUGAACAAAUCGAGAUAUUCCCAGAAGCAAUUUAAUCUGGAGGGUUUAAUUAAACUGGUGUUGUCACUGGAAAGCCAUGGAUCCUUCGCUAACUGCCAGUUCAUCCGCCUCCAAACUGGACCCUUCGUCUCCUACCACCCUGAGACCCGGACCUUCCUCUCUCAGCUCAUCUGUUAACUCAACUACGACAAAUUCAAACUGGCCAAAUCCUAAACUCACAAUGCCAACACCUCCAGCAACACCCUCAUCUUCUCCCUCUACUGCUUCCCCUCGGACUUCUCCAAAUCCUCUUUACCGCUCUUCCUCCCUUUCCACACCGACAACCUCGUCUCUUCGGCAACCAAUCAGGAGCCUCUCCCAGGGGGGCAGAUCUCAGCUAAAUGCCGCGUCUACGGGGAAUCCCAUGACUGGAUCAUCAGCUGCUGGAGGUCCUGCAACAGUUCGACAGACUCCUCCCACACCAGAGCAAGAGGAGCCAGAGGAGGAGGUCAGUUUUGAGGAUUUGGAGGAGAGAGCAAAGUCAGGUGAUACCAAAGCACAGACUAAGAUGGGCCGCUACUUCCUGGCAUUGGCAGAAGAAAGCGAUGAAGAACUGAACAACUGCACAGCGGUCACUUGGCUCGUCCAGGCUGCUAAACGGGGCCGCAAGGAUGCGGUCAGACUGCUGCAGCAGUGUUUGGCCUCCAGGAAAGGCAUCACACUGGAAAACUUUGAGGAGGUGAAGAAGUUGUGUACAGAGACUCGUUUUGAGAGAGGAGUGAGGAAGGCAGCUCUGCUCAUGUACUGGAAGUUAAACCCAGAGAGGAAGAAGUCGGUGCCCGUUUCUGAGAUGCUAGAGAACGUUGAACAUGUUAACACAGAGCCGGACACACCAGUUUCCCCUGGUCCCCUAAACAGGUCUGCUAAGAAACAAAGGAGAGUCUUGGAGACUAUGGUCACCAGUGAGGCCAGUUCCCAUGUGGGUCUUGAUGACUUUGUUGAGAUGACCAAGAAGUACGCCCAGGGUAUUGCACCCUCACCAGUUAUGGCUGCUGCAGGAGGGGAUGAUGAUGACGAUGAUGAAAUAGUAGUGAAAAAUCCAGAUGAACUGCCCCUGCAUCAAAAGGUGGUUUGGGGGGUAGUGGUCUGCCUUUGUCAUCUUCUUUUCACGCUCUGCUCACGAGCGGGCAUGCAGUGGCUCAGCGCCCUGAUCCCCACCCACCACGUUAACGCACUUAUAUUCUUCUUUAUCAUCUCCAACCUCACAAUCGAGUUCUUCAUCUUCAUCAUCCCCCUGCUGGUUUUCUACCUCUCAUUCUUCUCGAUGAUCAUCUGCACACUGCGUGUAUUUCAGAAUUCUAAAGCGUGGGAACAUUUCCAGGCUCUGACAGACCUGCUUGCUCAGUUUGAACCUGGUCUCGACCUGGAGCAGGCUGAGACCAACUUUGGAUGGACGCACUUGGAGCCUUAUCUGUACUUCCUGCUCUCGGUGGUCUUUGUGGUUUUCUCCUUCCCUGUGGCUGAUAAAUCCUGGAUCCCCUGCUCAGAACUGGCUGCUGUUGCUCUUUUCUUCACCAUUACCGCCUUCCUCAGCCUUCAUGCCUCAGCUCAGCUCUUCGCUCGUAAAGCCCUCGUCACAGAGGUCCUCUCUGGAGCAUGCUCCCUCACUCAAUUCUUCCCGGAGUCCCUGUGGUUCCUCCGAAUGUUCGGGAAGACUUUCAUCACUGUGCCUCUUGGAGAUAUCGUGGCAUUAAACCUGGGGAUGCCAUGUCUGCUGUAUGGACACCUUGUCUAUCUCCUCUUCCGUAUGGCCCAGCUGAGAGGCUUUAAGGGCACCUAUCUGUGCUUGGUGCCCUACUUGGUUUGCUUCACUUGGUGCGAGCUUUGCUUGGUGUUCCUUAAUAAUGCCUCAGCAAUAGGACUCAUCCGCACAUGUGUGGGCUACUUCCUCUUCCUGUUUGCCCUUCCUAUACUUUCACUGGGUAUGGCUGCGAUGCUCAUCAUCCAGUUAGUGCAGUGGUUUCUCACCCUGGAGGUCACCAAGAUGGUGGUCACACUGACUGUUUGCUUUGUGCCGGUGGUGCUGAGGCUUUGGACUCGCUUCAGCCUCAACCCCAUCAAGGUGUUUCGGUCUUUGUCGCGGAGCAGUGUUGUCAAGCUCAUCCUGGUUUGGCUCAGUGCUGUGGUGCUCUUCUGCUGGAUGUACGUCUACAGGUCUGAGGGCAUGAAGGUGUACAACUCCACCCUGACGUGGCCUGAGUACAGCACCCUCUGCGGCCCUCUGGCCUGGAAGGAGUCCAACAUGGCCCAAACCCAGAUUCUCUGCUCUCAUCUGGAAGGACAUCGUGUCACUUGGACGGGACGAUUCAAAUAUGUCCGUGUGACCGACAUUGAGAACGGGCCGCAGUCGGUUAUCAACCUGCUGCCUGUAUUUGUAGGGAACUGGAUGCGGUGCCUGUACGGUGAGCCAUAUCCUCUGUGUGAUGACUUGAAGAAUGCGACCGCUGAGCCCCAGCCUCUGCCCGCCCCAGCUCCUCCUCCUGAAGAUCCCCUGUGUAAACUUAAAAAACUGGCAAAGCACGAAUGCCACAUCAAACGGUUUGACCGAUACAAGUUUGAAGUUACAAUGGGCAUGCCGCUCGAGAGGAAGACCAAGAACGGGACGAUCAUCGAGGAUGAAGACGCCACUAAGGACAUAGUACUGCGGGCUAGUAACGAGUUCAAGUCUGUGCUUUUACACUUAAACGCUGGCAGCCUGGUGGAGUUCAGUACCAUACUGGAGGGGCAUUUAGGCUCCAAAUGGCCUGUGUUUGAACUGAAAGCCAUUCACUGCAUGUCAUGCGGCGACGCCCGCCUUCCCAGCCGCAGGCAGUACAAGAUUGAACAUGACUGGAGGCGUACGGCUCAGAAUGCCCUCCAGUUCGGCUUUGACUUCUUCUUCAACCCCUUCCUGACUGCACAGCUCGGACAACACUCAGAGACGGAGACCGAAGCAGAGGUUGUGACAAAGCAGGGAGGAUAGACGAGAUGGUUGGGGGAUAACACUGUCAUCAGUGAAGAACACUAAUGAUUUUUACCCACUGAUCUUAAAAGAAUCGGACAGCAAUAUUUUUGAGUGUCUUACUGUAGAAAAGUAGACGGACCUUCAGACAUGUGAUCUAUCUACUGAGUGAGUGAGUGUGUGUUUGCAUUCUUAUAGCUUUUGAGCCAAAAUGUGUGAUUACAUAUAACGAAGAAACAGUUAAUGCUAAAAAACAAGAAGCACACAACAAUGUGGUUUUUAAGUACUUUACUGCCAAACGCCACAUAAGGAAAAACGUCAUGUAAACCUCGCUGUGUUCAGCUUGUUGUAAACAUUUCAUCCGGUUUAAUCGAAUCCUCUUAAGUAUAGUAAUGACAUAAUUUUGAUUCAUUACUGGAUGCUAUGCAAACACUACAUCUGCAAAUCUUUCUGUAUGUCGUGACUUUUUGUGGCCAAAACCAUCAGUGUUGCUCUUCUGCACUUGCAUCGUUGUGUAGCUACCGCUGUUGAAGGCAAGCUUGUCAUAUAGAUAUGUUUUGCCUAUAAUUAUUUAACGUACAGUUUGUCCAUACAGAUUUCAAGUGCCUUCUGAAGCAUAUUAUUUGGGAGCGAUUAGACUAAAUUAAGUCUCUAAGAGCUCUGCUUCAUCAGAGCUUUUAUUUAUUACAGAACAGUUAACCAGGUUUGGCUUUCUUUACCUUCAUGUCUUUCUUCUCUGUAUUUGUCGUCAUCUCUGCUGUGCAGGGAUUUAAUAUAUUGAACAUUUGCGAUCCCAGAGUGAUGAUGUGGUUUCAAUUAGGUUGUCACUACUUUUUUCUGUACUGUGUCCUAUAAAUAUUUUAA